CAGAACAAACUCUCACAUUCACCUCAAGUUCUGAAUAUUCACUAUUAUAGGCCUAGCCGACACUGCGGCGUUGGAUAAAAGCCCUCGGAUAUUUACAGCUGUUUUUUUCUGCAGAAGGGAAUAAAACGCAGGAAUAUUUUCUCGACACAUCAAAUGGACUAAAACUGCAAAUUAAGUGAGAGUGGACGCCAGGACAUCAAGAAAGCAAGACUUCUCCGAGCAAUGUCCAACACAACAGGGCGAGGUCAUGGGGGUCUUAAUCAACUAGGUGGCAUGUUUGUGAAUGGACGGCCGCUUCCGGAAGUCAUCCGGCAGAGGAUUGUGGACAUGGCACACCAGGGCGUGCGACCCUGCGACAUCUCCCGCCAGCUGAGGGUCAGUCACGGCUGCGUCAGCAAGAUCCUGGGCAGGUACUACGAGACCGGCAGCAUUAAACCAGGAGUCAUUGGGGGAUCAAAGCCUAAAGUUGCAACUCCAAAAGUAGUGGAGAAGAUAGCCGACUACAAGCGCCAGAACCCCACGAUGUUUGCGUGGGAAAUCAGAGACAGACUUCUGGCAGAGGGCGUCUGUGACGGGGACACUGUACCCAGCGUCAGCUCCAUCAACAGAAUUAUUCGGACAAAAGUUCAGCAGCCUUUUAAUCUUCCUCUGGACACUAAAGGUCUGAGUCCUGGACACACACUGAUUCCCAGCUCAGCCGUCACCCCUCCAGAAUCUCCCCAGUCAGAUUCUCUGGGCUCCACCUACUCCAUCAGCGGCCUGCUGGGCAUACCGCAGACCAACAGCGACGGCAAGAGAAGCCAUGAUGACAGUGACCAGGAGAGCUGUCGGCACAGCGUGGAUUCACAGGGCAGCAGUGGUGCACCCAGAAAACAGUUAAGAACCGACCACUUUCCCUCUCAGCAUCUGGACUGCGGCUUUGAACGUCACCACUACAAUUCCGACGCGGGCGGGAAGACAGAACAGUCGCUGUACCCCUUCUCGCUCAUCAACGCCGGUUUAGAUGAUGGUAAAAAUCGAAACCUAACAGCACAUCAAGGUUACGCGGUGGUCGCAGAACCCCUACAGCCCCUCCCACUUUGUCUGAAACAGGAAAUGUCACGCGAGUUGAACGGCUCGAGCCCCUCCCCCAACAUCAUGGCUAAUUCCGCUUUCCUGGAGCUCACUUCCAUUUCCGCUCCCUCGUCAGUGUCCAUCGGUGCCAGCUGCACUAGUUCUGCCCAUUUAUCUCAUGGCUUCAACUCAUUGUCCCAUCAUGGCCCUGUGCACGGGCAGUUCAGCAGCUCGCCCUUCAUCGCAGGACGAGAUGUGACGAGCUCAAUGUUGCCCGGCUACCCACCACACAUUCCCUCUGCCGCUCAGACGGGUUUCUCGGCGUCCACCAUCACAGGGAUGGUCGCAGGUCCAGAGUACACGGGCCAGAGCUACAGUCACCCAUCAUACACCUCCUACAGUGACGCGUGGAGAUUCACCAACUCAACUAUAUUAGGUUCUCCAUAUUACUACAGCUCUGCCUCGAGAGCCGCACCUUCGUCCACCGCAUACGACCAUCUCUAGUGAGAGAAAACCGCUUCAAACCCAUGAAGAAAAGAAAGGACAUUUAGUUUUUUACAAUGGAGCGAAGAAAAAGAAAAUCAUAAGGCGUGUGAAGCAAGCGAGCAUAUUCACGGACGAUACCUUUUGUUGCCUGUAAAAAUAUUUAUUUUCUGUGUUCACAACCGGUUUGAAGGCGAUUUACAAACCACACAAGUUUACAUUUUGAUCAAGUAGACAAAUCCCAGUCACUAAGUAUUUAUAGUUCUGAUAGCCAAAGACUGUAGCAAACUGUUUUAUACAUUCAUGAACAGGCGUGUUAUUUUUAUCACAGAUUAUGUUUAGCAAGUGUCACACUAACCCUGGAUAAAUAACCGAUACAAAAUAAAAAAGGAAUCUUCUGAGCAGGUAUUUUAAAGGAAAUGAGCACUUUUUCAGCCAUUUACACGUCCGAUAUGUAAAUGAAAUAUAAAGCACAAUGUUUACUUUUAAAUGAUGAUAUUAUUGUCUUACACGUGCCCAUUUGAACAUUAAUUGUCCAAGCAAACGAAUGGAUUAUCAUACAACACAUGUAAAAGCUGGUACUGGUUUUGAUAAAAAGAAAAAAAACAAUGCCGAAAAGAUAAAACCCCAUUAAACACGAAACGUCUUUAUUUUACACUUGAUAAAUAAAGCUGUCGGGAUUCAUGUCGUUUUAAAAUGUGUGUCUCCAGUUCCAUUGUCAUGCUUUGAUUUUUGUGAUUGGACGAGAGAUUUACAGCUAAAGUUUUAUUGUAAUGUCAAUUAUAUUAAAUGAAUAAUUUCUACAGAAUUAUUUUCAUUAAAUAAAGCAUGACAAAAGUCCAAUGCCUCGUCUUCCUCAAUUAGUCUUGCACAAAAAUACGAAAUCUAUCAUAUUUGCUCAGACUGAAGUGAUUUAUAUAGGCCUAACUUUAUAAACUGCGUGGAUGAUUAUUCUUCAUUUCAUUUGUGUCAAUCAUCAUUCAUAUUUAUACGACUAAUAUCAUUGCAGAUCACGACGGCGUUUCUUCCUGUCGAAAAACGUAUUAUGAGGCAUUUUUUCGCAAGUCAGCAGUUCAACAGUACACACACGAAAGGGACAAAAGCAAUGAUCCUGAAAACAUGCGCAUCUGUUUAAUUUCCUCUUUUAUUUUCUGCAUCGCGUACUUUUAUUCGCAAUUAUUUUUCGACUCUUUAUAAUGGCGCUUUAACGAGCUCGCGGACCACCUGCAUCCACUGCGCGUGAUGAAUUACACAACAAACCUGUCCACCACGAUAUCAACAUUAUCAUAUUGCAUAUAGGUAUAAUAACUUUAAAAACAUUUAGAAUACAUCAUAUCACAAUAAAAUAACAACUUGUUUUCUUUGAUUUUACAGUUUAUCAUAAAAAAUAUUGGUAACACUUUAUUUUACGGUGCCCUUGUUACGCAUGUUACAUGUAUUUACUAUAGUAUUUACUAUAAAUUAUGCAUAAUUACAUGUAACUAACCCCCAAACCCUAAUCCUAACCCUAACCCUAUAGUAAGUACAUGUAGUUGCUUUUUAUUACUCAGUUCUUAAAUGUAUAAUUACACUGUAACACGGGCACUGUAAAAUAAAGUGUAACCAAAAUAUUUACAUUUUUGUUUUACAUGUAACAUUUUUAUCAUUGGAAUACUGCUGCACAACAUAACCAAUUAUUAAAAAACCUCCGCAUUACACACAACAACACUGUAAAAAUGUCAAUAAAAUGUUUUAGGUUUAGGUUAGGGUUCAUUCAAAUUGGAUUUUUCAACUUACAAUGACAAUUUACAUGUUGUCUAGGUGAUUACUUAGUGGUAACUGUAACUUAAGCAACUAAAACAAGCUGAAAUGGCUUAAAAGUAAAAUAAUAUGUUGACAUGACUUUUUUUACAGUGAAUAAACCCAAAGAUCUACAGUAUCUUUACCUAUGAGUUUUUGACAAGCUUCAGCUGAUGACAUAUUCUUAAUAAAACUUAAUAAACUAAACACAUGUUGCAUGCUUAACAAUUAUUUCAACAAUGUUUGCAAAGGGAAUUUGAGUAAGCAUGUGCUACACGGGUGUUCUUUUUUCAUGAAACAUGAAUUAUCUGUAUUGUCCCAGUCUUUGAAAAGUGGAGAAGAUCCUCUUUCCUUGUGUUUGUGUGUCAUGUCAAACUGUUACACAAGUCCACUCGGC